UUUAGGAGGGGCCCUACUGUAGGGGCAGUGUCUUUGGUGCAUACCAAAGCCCGAAUACAUGCCUGCAUUUCAAUCGUGUGUGUGUGUGUAAGCCGCUGGUUGCAUCAAGUCUUGUUUGUUUUUUUUCUCCCAGGGGCAGAUUUAGAAGACCUCCGUGAGCAGCCGCCGAGCGUUUCUCAGUAUAGACUGCACCAGGCGGCCAAGUUGCUCUGGUAACCUCCAGUUAAGAUGUCUCAUCGGAGUGGGCAGGAGGACCCAGAGCGGUACCUGUUUGUGGACCGGGCUGUGGUCUACAACCCGGCCUCACAGGCCGACUGGACGGCCAAGAAACUGGUAUGGAUCCCCUCCGAACGCCACGGCUUUGAGGCGGCCAGUGUCCGGGAGGAGCGAGGCGACGAGGUCCUGGUUGAACUGGCGGAGAAUGGGAAGAAGAUAGUGGUCAACAAGGAUGACAUCCAGAAGAUGAAUCCACCCAAGUUCAGCAAAGUGGAGGACAUGGCUGAGCUCACUUGCCUGAAUGAGGCCUCUGUGCUGCACAACCUAAAGGACCGGUACUACUCUGGACUCAUAUAUACAUAUUCUGGCCUGUUCUGUGUGGUCAUCAACCCAUACAAGAACCUGCCCAUCUAUUCAGAGAACAUCAUUGAGAUGUACAGAGGGAAGAAGAGGCACGAGAUGCCCCCACACAUUUACGCCAUCUCUGAGUCGGCAUAUCGCUGCAUGCUUCAAGAUCGUGAGGACCAAUCAAUCCUUUGCACAGGUGAAUCAGGUGCUGGCAAGACAGAGAACACCAAGAAGGUCAUCCAGUACCUGGCCCACGUCGCCUCCUCACACAAAGGCCGCAAAGACCACAACAUUCCUGGUGAGUUGGAACGCCAGCUGUUGCAGGCCAACCCCAUUCUCGAAUCCUUUGGCAACGCCAAGACAGUGAAGAACGACAACUCAUCUCGCUUUGGGAAAUUCAUCCGCAUCAACUUUGAUGUCGCAGGCUACAUCGUGGGGGCUAACAUCGAAACCUACCUUCUUGAGAAGUCGAGGGCCAUCAGACAGGCCAAAGAUGAGAGGACGUUCCACAUCUUCUACCAGCUGCUGGCAGGAGCCGGGGAGCACCUCCGCUCGGACCUGCUCCUGGAAGGGUUCAAUAACUACCGUUUCCUGUCCAACGGUAACAUCCCCAUCCCUGGCCAGCAGGACAAGGACAACUUCCAGGAAACCAUGGAGGCAAUGCACAUCAUGAGCUUCUCUCAUGAAGAGAUCGUCUGCAUGCUGAAGGUGGUGUCUGCAGUGCUGCAGUUUGGAAACAUCAUCUUUAAGAAGGAGAGGAACACUGACCAAGCCUCUAUGCCAGAGAACACAGCGGCCCAGAAGCUGUGUCACCUGCUGGGAAUGAACGUGAUGGAGUUCACCAGAGCAAUCCUUUCCCCCCGGAUCAAAGUAGGGCGAGACUACGUUCAGAAGGCACAGACUAAAGAACAGGCUGAUUUUGCUGUUGAGGCCUUGGCUAAGGCAACAUAUGAGCGCCUGUUCCGCUGGCUUGUCCACCGCAUCAACAAGGCUCUGGACAGGACCAAACGCCAGGGGGCCUCAUUCAUUGGAAUUCUGGACAUUGCUGGCUUUGAGAUCUUUGAGCUGAACUCGUUUGAGCAGUUGUGCAUCAACUACACCAAUGAGAAGCUGCAGCAGCUGUUCAACCACACCAUGUUCAUCCUGGAGCAGGAGGAGUACCAGAGGGAGGGCAUCGAGUGGAGCUUCAUCGAUUUCGGCCUUGACCUGCAGCCUUGCAUUGACCUCAUCGAGAGGCCGACCAACCCCCCUGGUAUCCUGGCUCUGCUGGAUGAGGAGUGCUGGUUCCCCAAGGCCACAGACAAGAGCUUUGUGGAGAAGGUGCUGCAGGAGCAGGGUACACAUGCCAAAUUCCAGAAACCACGCCAGCUCAAGGACAAAGCUGACUUCUGCAUCAUUCACUAUGCUGGCAGGGUGGACUACAAGGCUGACGAGUGGCUGAUGAAGAACAUGGACCCGCUCAAUGACAACGUGGCCACGCUACUGCACCAGUCGGCCGAUAAAUUUGUGGCCGAGCUCUGGAAAGAUGUUGACCGUAUCGUGGGUCUGGACCAGGUAGCAGGGAUGAAUGAGACGGCUUUUGGUGCAGCCUACAAGACCAAGAAGGGCAUGUUCCGCACCGUGGGCCAACUGUACAAGGAACAGCUAUCCAAACUCAUGGCAACCCUGAGAAACACCAAUCCCAACUUUGUCCGCUGCAUCAUCCCCAACCAUGAGAAGAGGGCUGGUAAACUGGACCCCCACCUGGUUCUGGACCAGCUGAGGUGUAAUGGAGUCUUGGAAGGAAUCCGUAUCUGCAGACAAGGCUUCCCCAACCGCAUCGUCUUCCAGGAGUUCAGACAGAGGUAUGAGAUCCUCACGCCCAACGCCAUCCCCAAGGGCUUCAUGGAUGGCAAGCAGGCCUGUGAGAGAAUGAUCCGAGCCUUGGAGUUGGACACCAACCUUUUCCGCAUCGGCCAGAGUAAAAUCUUCUUCAGGGCGGGCGUCCUGGCCCACUUGGAAGAGGAGAGGGACCUGAAAAUUACUGACAUCAUUAUCUACUUCCAGGCUGUCUGCCGGGGAUACCUGGCACGAAAGGCCUUUGCUAAGAAACAGCAGCAGCUGAGCGCCCUGAAGGUUCUCCAGAGGAACUGUGCUGCUUAUCUGAAGCUGCGCCACUGGCAAUGGUGGAGACUAUUCACCAAGGUGAAACCUCUGCUGCAGGUGACCAGGCAGGAGGAGGAAAUGCAGGCUAAAGAUGAGGAGCUGGUCAAGGUGAAGGAGAAGCAAAGCAAGGUGGAGGGGGAGCUGGUGGAGAUGGAGAGGAAACACCAGCAGUUGAUAGAGGAGAAGAAUAUCCUUGCGGAGCAGCUGCAGGCAGAGACGGAGCUGUUUGCUGAGGCAGAGGAAAUGAGGGCCCGUCUGGCUGCCAAGAAACAGGAGCUGGAGGAGAUCCUCCAUGACCUGGAGUCCAGGGUGGAGGAAGAGGAGGAGAGGAACCAGAGCCUGCAGAAUGAGAAGAAGAAGAUGCAGUCUCACAUCCAGGACCUUGAGGAACAGUUGGAUGAGGAAGAGGCCGCCAGGCAGAAGCUGCAGCUGGAGAAGGUGACCGCUGAGGCCAAAAUGAAGAAAUACGAAGAGGACAUUCUGCUCCUGGAGGACCAGAACUCCAAGUUCCUCAAGGAAAAGAAGCUACUGGAGGACCGUAUCAAUGAGAUGACCUCCGUACUGGCUGAGGAGGAGGAGAAGGCCAAGAAUCUGGGCAAAGUCAAAAACAAGCAGGAGAUGAUGAUGGUAGACCUGGAGGAACGCCUAAAGAAGGAGGAGAAGACCCGUCAGGAGCUGGAAAAGGCUAAAAGGAAGCUGGAUGGGGAAACAUCAGACUUCCAGGACCAGAUAGCCGAGCUGCAGGCCCAGAUUGAGGAGCUCAAAGUUCAGCUGGCCAAAAAAGAAGAAGAACUUCAGUCAUUGCAGGCUAGGGGUGAGGAUGAGGUGGGCCAGAAGAACAAUGCCUUGAAACAGGUGCGGGAGCUGCAGGCCCAGCUGUCUGAGCUGCAGGAGGACCUGGACUCCGAGAAACAGGCCAGGAACAAGGCUGAGAAACUCAAGAGGGACCUGAGCGAAGAGCUGGAGGCCUUGAAGACGGAGCUAGAGGACACUCUGGAUACCACCGCCGCUCAGCAGGAGCUCAGGACUAAGCGUGAGCAGGAGGUGGCAGAACUGAAGAAAGCCCUCGAAGAAGAGGGCAAGAGCCAUGAGGCCCAGAUCCAGGAAAUGCGACAGAGGCACGGCACUGCUCUGGAAGAGCUUUCUGAGCAGCUGGAGCAGGCCAAAAGGUUUAAGGCUAACCUGGAGAAGACCAAACAAAGCCAGGAGAGUGCCAACAAGGAGCUGGCCAGCGAAGUGAAGGGGCUGCAGCAAGCAAAGACAGAGUCUGAGCACAAGAGGAAGAAACUUGAGUCCCAGCUCCAGGAGUUAAAUGCCCGAGUCACAGAGGGAGAGAGGACCAAGGGAGAACUAGCCGACCGUUCACAUAAACUACAGACUGAGUUGGAUAAUGUGUCUACCAUGUUGGAGGAUGCAGAGAGAAAGGGCAUCAAGAUGGCCAAGGAUGCUGCUGGACUAGAGAGUCAGCUACAAGACACACAGGAACUUCUCCAAGAGGAGACGCGUCAGAAGCUGAACCUGAGCAGCCGUAUCCGCCAGCUGGAGGAGGAAAAAAAUGCUCUGCAGGAGCAGCAGGAAGAGGACGAGGAAGCACGCAAGAAUCUGGAAAAACAGAUCCUGACACUGCAGGCACAGCUGGUGGAGACCAAGAAGAAGCUUGAGGAUGACGUUGGUGCGCUGGAAGGCCUGGAGGAGACGAAGAAGAAGCUUCAGAAGGACAUGGAGCUGGCUAACCAGCGUAUGGAGGAGAAGACUAUUGCCUUCGAGAAGAUGGAGAAAACCAAGAACCGCCUCCAACAGGAGCUGGAUGAUCUGACCGUAGACCUGGAUCAUCAAAGGCAGAUAGUCUCCAACCUGGAAAAGAAGCAGAAGAAGUUUGACCAGAUGCUGGCUGAGGAGAAGAGCAUCUCGGCCCGCUAUGCUGAGGAGCGUGACCGUGCCGAGGCAGAGGCCCGAGAGAAGGACACCAAGGCCCUGUCCAUGACUAGAGCUCUGGACGAGGCUCUGGAGGCCAAGGAGGAACUGGAGAGACUCAACAAGCAGCUCCGUGCUGAGAUGGAGGACCUGAUGAGCUCUAAGGAUGACGUAGGCAAGAACGUCCACGAGCUGGAGAAGUCCAAGCGUACUCUGGAGCAGCAGCUGGAGGAGAUGAGGACCCAGCUGGAGGAACUGGAGGAUGAGCUGCAGGCUACGGAGGACGCCAAGCUGCGCCUGGAGGUCAACAUGCAGGCCAUGAAGGCCCAGUACGAGAGGGACCUUCAGGGCCGCGACGACCAGAAUGAUGAGAAGAAGAGGGCACUCGUCAAACAGGUGCGAGAGAUGGAGGCAGAAUUGGAGGAUGAGAGGAAGCAGAGGGCUCUGGCUGUAGCUGCUAAGAAGAAGCUGGAAAUGGAUCUGAAGGAUGUAGAGGGACAGAUAGAGGGAGCCAACAAGGCCAGAGAUGAAGCCAUCAAGCAGCUGCGCAAGUUACAGGCCCAAAUGAAGGACUACCAGAGAGAGCUGGAGGAUGCCCGGGCCUCCAGGGACGAGAUUUUUGCCCAGUCCAAGGAGAAUGAGAAGAAACUCAAGAGUCUGGAGGCUGAAAUUCUACAGCUGCAUGAGGAUCUUGCAGCAUCUGAGAGGGGCCGGCGCCAUGCAGAACAGGAACGGGACGAGCUGCAAGACGAGAUCUCAAACAGCACCUCCGGAAAGUCUGCCCUAAUGGAUGAAAAGAGGAGGCUGGAGGCUCGUAUUGCCCAGCUGGAGGAGGAGCUUGAAGAGGAACAGGGUAACAUGGAGCUGCUAAACGACCGUUUCAGAAAGACCACCAUGCAGGUGGACACGCUCACCACGGAGCUGAGCGGAGAGCGCAGCACGGCCCAGAAGAGCGAAAAUGCUCGGCAGCAGCUGGAGCGUCAGAACAAGGAGCUGCGAGCAAAGCUGGGCGAGCUGGAGGGCUCGGUGAAGAGCAGGUUCAAAGCCUCCAUAGCUGCCCUGGAGGCCAAGAUAGUACAACUGGAGGAGCAGCUGGAGCAGGAGGCCAAGGAGAGAGGAGCAGCCAAUAAGAUUGUGCGGAGGACAGAGAAGAAGCUGAAGGAGGUCUGCAUGCAGGUGGAGGAUGAACGUCGCCAUGCUGACCAGUUCAAGGAACAAAUGGAGAAGUCCAACUCUCGUAUGAAGCAGCUCAAGCGCCAGCUGGAAGAGGCUGAGGAGGAGUCCACCAGGGCCAACGCCUCCCGCAGGAAACUGCAGAGAGAGCUGGAUGAUGCCACCGAGGCCAGUGAGGGCCUCACCCGUGAGGUCAACACACUCAAGAGUCGCCUCAGGCGUGGCGGCCCCAUCAGUUUCUCCUCCAGCCGCUCAGGGCGGCGUCAGCUGCCGGUGGAGGGACCCUCCUUGGAUCUCUUAUCUGACGAUGAGCUAGAGAACAAGAUCACCGACAACAAUGCCAAUGAGACGGCAGUGCCCCAGACUGAGUAGAGAGCCCCAAGCCUGAACCUUUGCCCCUCCCCCCUGUUUAUCUCCCCCAGCCUCACUAGAACUUCCCAAUCCCUACCAAACUGAGUAGGGACCCCCACCCACCCACCCACUGCUCUCCCUUUCAGUCCCGUCGACCCAACCUGAAUAAAUUUGUCCCGCUCAUCCCGCAUUGACGCUGCUCAUAUGCAGAAUAGGCUAAGCUUGAUCCCGCCACCAUAGUCCCAAUAUUUCCAGUUUUACUUGACCCUUAACCGUAGCAGACAUGAGCAGUGGACACAACCUUACACACACACACACACACACACACACACACACACACACACACACACACACACACACACACACACACACACACACACACAAACACACACACACCAUUCCCAAUCCAGUUAGGUUUGAGAGAACCACUAUUCUGCCUUGCCCUAAAUAGUGAAGCUGCAGGGCUAUGUAAUACCUUCUAAUAUCCAUUGAAUAAUAUUCUUCAGUAGUCAUACCUUGGGUUUAUUUUUCAACCAGUUCAGCAUACAGUCCUUCAAGGAUAAAAGUAAAAUGAAAAGAAACCAUAUGUAAAUGCAUAUGUUGAGAUCUGAAAAUAAAUUUAUAAAGUAAUAAAGGCCUGUAUAUUUUCUUUGUAUUAAGCUAGCUCCCUCAUGAACUCACUAGAAUUAAGCAGACUUUUUUUGUUGAUUGAGUCAGCAUACCUUCUCUUGGUCAGUGACUCCACAUGGAUCUGUAUGAGCAUGUGUCUCGGAUGACUGUACAGAAAUGAAUCUAAUCUGGUUUGUUGAGACUAGAGUUCAGGUGUUUAUCAUAAUUGCGACAAAUGAGAAAACUGUAACAUUGCAUUUUUCCCCCCUGAUAAUCGGAUUACAAGGUAACCAGCCUCCCAGCUCUAUCAGUAUAUAUACCUAUCAUAUAGACCAUAGUCAUGUCUGUACAUGAACACUGUUUUGAGUUAGAAAUUAGGAUUAAAUGCUUGCAGAUGUAUGGUGAAUGGGACUGUAAAUUCCCUUGUUGCCUCCGUGCUAGAAACUUCAUCUUUUCAUCGGUAUUGCAUUCGGAAACACAUUUGACAAAAAGUCGAUUGUCACUUUUUUUAAAUCAGUCAUGCUAUGCAUGAUCUAACCCUGCAGCAGACACCAGUCAUAUCAUUUACGCUGACCCCAGUUUCUUUCUAUCACACUAGAUUUAGCUACACGAGCAGAUGAAACUGGUGAUAUUCAGCAUUUCGCCAGGUACACGAUGUCCACAUGUCGAACUUAUCUACCAAGGGAGGGAACGGGUGUCAGCGGGGGACGAAGUCAUUUUAUUAUUCAUACUCUUACAAAGCGAUGGCCCUUUUUUGACGAGGAAAGCCCAUUUAUGUGAUUAUCCUGUUAGAAUCUGAACAUAUUUCCGUGUAAUUCUCGUGUCUCGUUCACCAUCUGUGUCUUCUCGGCUGUAUCGGCACUUGUCAAACGCCUGAAAUGGAAGCACACGCGAUUAACGGAUGGGUAGUGAAUGUUUUACUGAGGUUUAAAGGUGUUGUAUGACUGGAUUUUGAUUCAAAAGGUCAGGGGAUCGGUGUGGAUGAGUUGAGUUGUGCACAUCAAGAUGAGUGUCAUAUCGAACAUUUAUUUGCCGCAUAUUUGAGGCCUUUUGAAAUGCCUAGCGAGCGAAAACAGAUUUAGAAGUCAAACAGGUUUCUCAGACAUCUCCAGAAAGUGCCUUAGCCGUUACGGUAGGUGGGUGGUUGUACGCAGAAGCAGGAAACGAUGUGAAACUUGUGCAACAUGGAAAUUUAACAGUAUUUGAGAUGUUGAAAAUCAACUGUUUAACCUGGUUUUGUUUUAAUGGCAUCGUAAAUCUCAUACUUCAGUUGUUUUUAUUAACCAAUGUUAAACUGAGGCUGCCCCAGACGGUUUAUUUUUUUUAAAGAAACAACGAUUCUGUUGCUUUGGAUAGAUUUGUCUGUGAUCCAUGAAGCUUUCUAGAAAGGGGUUUGACUGGGUUCAAAGCUUUAACAUCCAUAUACGAUUGUUAUGACUAUUACUUUACUGGCUGUUGACAACCAGGUAUUAUUCAUCUCCUUUUACUUCCUUGUAUUCCUGUAUUUCUAGACAUUUUUGUAAAAGACCAAUAAACAUUCAUA